AUGGCUGUCCAACACAGAGGAAGAGGAACAAAGAACCGAAUCCCAUUCCGGUGGAGUGCCAGACUAUCAGUAGCCCACGCAGUCGCUCGAGCUCUACACUACCUCCACCUCAACCCCUUCUCAUCACAACCACACAUCACCGCUCCUCACGGAAACCUAAAAUCCUCCAACGUCCUCCUCGACCAAAACGACGCCGUCCUCGUCUCCGACUACGGUCUCACCUCUCUCAUCGCUCUCCCCAUCGCCUCCCAACGCAUGGUCUCCUACAAAUCGCCGGAGUACCAGAUCCACAAGCGAGUCUCCCCCAAAUCCGAUGUCUGGAGCUUCGGGUGCUUCGUUUUGGAGCUCCUGACGGGUAGGGUAUCGGCCCAUGGUGCUCCGGUGGGAGUGAACUGUGUAGAUCUGGGAAGCUGGGUGCAUAGGGCGGUGAGGGAGGAAUGGACGGCGGAGAUCUUCGAUGGGGAGAUUGCGGCGGAGAGAGGGGCGAAUAGUGGGAUGGUGAGGUUGUUGGAGGUGGCGAUAAAGUGUUGUGAGAAGUCGCCGGAGAAGAGGCCGGAGAUGGGGGAGGUGGUGAGGGAGAUUGAGGAUGUGAUCGAGAUGGUCGAAGAAGAUGAUGAUGGUGAUGGUGAGUUUUCGUCGGUGACUGAUUAUUCUGUUCCGGCGACUCCGGUGAUUAUCGCGAAUGGAGGUGGUGAUGGUGAUUAG